AAGUGAAAGCGCAGAUGGCAAGAAACAAGAAGGCGGAGCAGUCACAGAUAGCCCAAGAUACCUUGAACGAAACAUUCCGUCAAUUUAUAGUUUAGAGAUUUGACAUUGGUUCAUGAUUUACCGAGAAUUGAUUGUGCCAUUUUGGGAGAUCUUUGCAUUUUUGCUCCCAGCCAUCCUCUUUGGACUCCAAAGGAAUUUUGCUGUUUCUGGUCAUGGAUGAUUUUGUUCGUAAAAAAUUAAUCGAAUGGGGUCUCAGGAAUUGGAUAGGUAAAUUUCAAGAUCAAGGCAUUGAUGAGGAAAGUUUUUACUGUCUCGAUAAUGGUGACAUCAAAGACUUGAUCACAAAGGUUCUACCAAGGGAAAGAUUCAAGAAGCGACUCAAGUUGCUGAAGGUUUUGGCCAACAGUCACACAAGUGAUAACGGAAAAAGAAAGUUGGAGCUUCAGGGGGAGUCCAGCAGAGGGCUAUCAUCAAACAAGAAACAACGGUGUGACACCACAUACCAAGAAAAAUAUAUACUUUCUGAAGUGAAAAACAUCAUUGCAUGUGUCCAUAGCAAACUGCUUCAUGGAGACAAAACAAUGCUCAAUGCCUUUCUAAAGGAAAAAAUCUGUGAUUUGGAGACAGAAAAGAGGGAGCUGGUUGGUGUCUUUGGAAGAACAGGGGCUGGAAAAAGCUCUCUAAUAAAUGCUGUCGUCGGAGAGAAGGAUCUCUUGCCCUCAGGAAGUGUCAGUGCUUGUACAACAGUCAUCAUUAAGGUGGAGGCUAACAAGCAGAACCAGAACUAUGAGGCAGAGAUUGAAUUCAUCAAAAAAGAGGAGUGGGAGCUGAAGCAAGUUUUAUUAUACUUGUCUACUUUCAUUGAAAAUGUUGCAGACCAUGAAGAGGAAGACACUGAUGAAUAUAAUGAUGCUGUUGAAAUGCUGUCAGCACUGUAUGGAGAAGAAUGGAGAAACAACUAUUCUGAAGAAAGUCUCAUGAACGACAAACAUUUCAGAGAAAUUCCAGAAUUUCUCAAUUCUAAGAAGAAAACCUUGACCUCUGAAUCAGCUAAAGAGCUGUCUGCAAAACUUGUCAAAUAUACAAGAAGCAGCUCAGAGGACGGAGAUGCUAAAGAAGUGAAGAGGUGGUUUUGGCCCCUGGUGAAGUGUGUUACUAUCAGGGUGCCAAAUAAUGACCUUCUUCAGAAUGUCACACUUGUUGAUCUACCUGGAAAUGGGGACCGCAACCAAGGAAGAGAUAAAAUGUGGAAAGGGGUUGUCGAAAGCUGUUCCACUGUGUGGAUCGUGACGGACAUUAACAGAGCAGCAUCAGAGAAAGAACCAUGGGAGAUUCUGAAAAGUGCCAGCAGCCUUAUGGGAAAUGGUGGCCAGUGUCAGCACAUUCACUUCAUCUGCACCAAGUCUGACGUUAUCGAAGACUCUGAUGAUCUUUCAGUAGCUGGUGUUCGUGCUGCCAUUUUUAAAAGAAACACGCAAGCCAAGGAGGAAGUGAGGAGAGAAUUCCGAAAAAUAAAGGAGGUUAAGAAACAUUUCAGUGAUGACUGUUUCAAAGUGUUCACUUUGAGCUCCAAAGAGUUCCGCAGGAAUAAAUGGCUAAAACCAAAUGAAACUGAAGUCCCUAAGCUUCAGGAAUUUCUGCAAAAUCUAAACAACUGUCACUCAGAGACGCUGAACUACGUGGCUGGAGGGUAUGGAAUUCUGUCGCUAAUUCAAGGGGCUGGCUGUAGAGAAGUGGCUGGCAUCCAAGCAGAUGUGUGCGCAGACGUUGAAGAAAACCUGAAAUGUGGUCUUAAAAAAGUCUCAGAGUCCAUGCUAAAGGCCUUAGAUCCUUUAAAAAACUGCCUCAUCAAGGCAGUUGAAAAAUCCAAAAGUUCAUGUGAAAGUGCCUUGCAGUCCUUUCUAAAAUCUGAGGGGGUCCCAGGAAGUGCUUUUCACAGGACAUUGAAGUGUGCAGUCGCAAACAAUGACAUCUACAAAACAAGAAAAGGAGAAGCACAAAAUCUAAAUGAGAAACUAGCUUCAUGCCUAACAGAGAGCAUUGAUGAGGAAUUUAUGAAGACCUUCCCAAAUGAAUCAAAAUGUGAACCUUUAAGGGCCAUCAGUUCCUUUUCACUUGACACAGGGUUGCUAGUUGAAAAGUACAAAGGUGUGCAACUGCAACUGGAAUUUCUCAGGAAAGAGGAAGAAAAAGUGAGGAAAGAAAUCAACAAAAUCAUCCGGGAGCGUAAGAAAGAAAUAUACAGCUGCCUGACAACAACAAUUGUGGAAAAGAUGCAAAAAUGCUACGAAGAUGCACAACAAUGUAGAGGACCAGGCUCACUAAAAGUCAUGAGGACCAUCAUUGAGCAGCAUGUUCAUGCUAAGAAGGACGUCAUGUUUGAGGAGGCUAAAGAUGCUAUGUUGUCAAAACUGCAAAACUUGAUGGAGGACAUCCUGAAGAAACUGAAGGAAACAAUGCAGGUUUCUAUUGAGCUGUCACUAAGGACAGAUGAUAAAUCACUUCCAGAUGUCAAAGAGGAACUUGCAACGGUGACAAAAUACUAUAAUAAACUAAAGGAAAACAGGGAUGAAGAAAUAUUGCAAAUUAGCUGAAAGCGAAGCAGUACAUUAUUGACCUGCAAUCGAUAAAUGGGAAGAGCACAAGUCUAUAGGACCUUCAGACUUGUGCAGUUGAAGAGAGGGGCAGACAGCAUCAGUGGACAGUAAGAAUAGUUUCACCCCAACCAGGAAGACGCGAUCAUGAAGAGCGAGUACAUGGAAAUUGAUCUGAACAAAAAUCGGCAUAAACCAACCCUUUGUUUUUCCGAAUUAAG